AGCUGACAGAACCGCGCGCCGUGCAUUUAUUAUUCCUGUGCAACAGAGGAGAAUUUGAGGUUGUUUAUAUUGCAGUAACGGAGGAUUUUUGUUGUUAUUUUACGUCUGUGUUUCAUUAGCCGUUAAUUUACAGAAGUUCCAGAAAAAAAAUAUGGAGAAGAAGCAUUGGAUUAUUUGCACUGAAUUUUUGAAAGCUAUUGAAGAAAAUAAUUGCAACAGGGUCAAUAGAAUUUUGGAUACUGGUUUUGACAUUGACACAGAUUUAAAAGUGCAAAGAACUGCAAUCAGUAUUUGUGCUUCAAAUGGAUGGUAUGAAAUGGCUCAUCUCUUAAUGACAAGAGGCUGCAGUCUGAGUUUGAAAAAUAACAAAGGUGAAACUCCAUUACAUUUGGCAGUACUGAGAUCAGAUUAUGAUCUUGUAAAACUGUUAUUGGAAAACAGAGCUGAUGUGACAAGUGUGGAUCACAUGAAGAGAACAGUUCUCCACUGUGCUUGCGAGAUGGGUUGCUUCAAAGUAGCUACUUUAGUGGCAAAAUAUUCAAGCCCUACAAUAAUCAAUAUGAAAGAUAAUUCCAGUAAGACUCCCUUAUUGUAUGCUUGUCAUUAUGGUUGCACUGACUUGAUAGGCUGUCUUCUAACUCAAGGUGCAGAGAUAAAUAUUACAGAUUCGAGAGGAAACAGUCCUCUUAUAUAUGCUAUAGAAAAUCAAAAGUGCUCAACUGAAAUGAUCAAUUUAUUGCUUGAUGCAGGAGCUGAUAUUAAUCACUGCAAUGAUGCAAAUGAAACAGCUCUUCUGAAAGCAUGCCAAGUUUUUUCUAAGUGUUCCUCAUACAACUCUGGGUCAAAAUAUAGAGAUAAUCCAAAGUACAGAGAAAUUCUUCUACUUUUAAUAGAACGGGGCUCCGAUGUAAAUGCCAGAAACCGACUUUGUGAAUCAGUUCUUCAUUUAAGUGUUAUUUUCCAAGACGAAUUUCUUAUUCGUACACUGCUCAAUAAAGGUGCUGAUGUAAAUGCUACUACUUGCAUGGGUAUUGUUCCCUUAGUUUAUGCUUGUAAAAAAGGACCCCACCAAGUUAUUUCUUUACUUAUAAAUGCUGGAGCAAGAUUUAAUUUUGGCUAUUAUGCUAGAUAUGUUGGCAGGACUUGGCCUCUACCUCAAGAUGAAUGCAACAAUCCUUGUGGAAAAUUUAUAUCCUUAAUUUUAAAUUUGCUAGACAAACUAAGUUCACGUCCACCUACGUUGAAAAAUUUGUGCAGAAUUUCUAUUCGCAAGAAUCUCUCAAAACAUAUUCUAAAUAGUGUUCCUUCUUUGCCAUUGCCACCAUCUCUGAAGAAAUUUUUAUUAUUCCUUGAAUAAUGUACAUAUUCAAUGGAAAUAUUGUUUUGUUUUACUUACUCAUUGUGUCUCACUCAUCUUAAAAAAAAAAAUUGUUUUGUUAGUGCCCAGUGAUAUAUAUACAAAGUGGAUAUAUUUUCCGAGUGAAUGCAUAUAUUUUUAUGGAUGUUUAAUAAGUGCAUUAUGUUAUUCAUAUAUUUAUGCCAGUCAUCAUGGUUUCCCCACUUACUUUGUGUACUCUUUAUAUUUUACAAAUUAUGAUACCUCAUAUUUUAAUCUAAUUAAUUUUUUUUUCUUUUUUGUUGUUGACUUAUGUUAUUUGUAAUCAUUGUGAUUUGGGUGGAAAAAUCAAAGUAAUUAUUUUGCUGCCUGCAAGUUUUUGCGACAAGAGCUUUUGCAAUAAACUAUGCAUGUUACUAAUGUGCUUAAAUAUUUUAUCUUUAGUUUGACUUGUAAUGCAAAUUUGUACAAUUCUACAAAAAAAAUAAUAAAAAAAAUCAUCAAAGUGAUGGUUUUUUAAUAUUUA